ACCACGAAAGCCCGAAUGCUAAAUAGACAAACAAUAUACAAAGGCCGCAAUAUUAGCGACGUGUCAACUACUUUCAAUUGUGCAGCGUUUUUAUUGGUCCAACAGCAUCGCGUGACAGUUCCCGGAAGGAGCCGCCUGAGAGGCAAAACAUCGAUUUGCCGCGCCCUUCUUUUCUCCCUUCGUCCAAUCAGGGGCGGUGUAGAAACCGUGGAGCCAAAUUUGAAAACUCGCUGGAUUGCUCGAUUUUUGGUGCUUGUUUUCUGCCUGUUCGCCCGGACUUCUAGUUGCAUAGACAGAACCAUGCCGCGGGGUACUAGGAAAAGUGAAGUGUUGGCUGCCUCUCUAAUUUCAAGCAUGAACCAUGCCCUUUCAAGACUUAUGGACAUCUGGGAUGGGCUGGGCAUCAAAGAAGAGAUGCGAAUGAGACGAAUGGAAGAGGUUAAGAAGCACAUUGAGGAAUUAUUCAACCGUAUGAUUAGUGAGGAAGUGGAUAUGAAAGACCGUAUUGAGAAGAGUAUUCAGAACUGCAAAAAAGAGUUAAAAGUACUGUGCCAUGAACUGUCCAUAGAAGAGUACAUGGUGGAUGAGGGCAUGACUGUCCUUCAAACAGAGAGGGAUUUAAGAGUGAGGUUAGAAUUGUUGCUAACUGAAAAAAAUGAGAGAUUGGAAGAGCUCAGGUUGCUACAGCAAAAGGAUAUUGAGCUGUGUACUGACCUUUGUGUGACUCCAUAUUACAUACCAACUGGAAGUAUACCAAGUCGCCAACAGCUGGAGGAGCUCAAAGAACAUAUUAAAGUUUAUACUGAAGAAAAGAAACAACGUCUCCAGAUCUUUUCUACUCUGAGAGCAGAAAUUCGCCAGUGCUUGGAUGAAAUGGGACGUCAGCCUGAAAAUUCUUUAGAACAGGAUGCCAUCUGUGAGGAUGAAGAAGCGUUCUUCCUUACAGCUGAUAAUAUCAAGGCGCUAAGGGUCCUGAAAGAGCAGCUUGAGUUAAAAAAAGAAACCAUGUUAUCCAAUCUGAGUGCCAUCAAAGAAAGAGUGCAAGUUUUGUGGAGCCGUCUACAGGUCCCACAAGAUGAGCAGGAAACAUGCCAAAAAUCUUCUCUGUGUUCUAUAGCUGACUCGAUUAAACUGUGGGAAAAUGAACUUCAACAUCUAGAAGACCUUAAAAAAGCAAAUCUGAAGGAUGUGGUUUUGAAAAUCAGAGACGAGCUGAAGAUGUACUGGGACAAAUGCUUGUAUACCACAGAGCAAAGAAAUGCAUUUACUCCAUACUAUAAUGAUGACUUCACAGAAGAUCUUCUUAGCCAACAUGAUGAAGAAGUUGUCCGAAUGAGAUUGCAAUAUGAAAAAUGCAAAGAGAUGCUUGAUGCUGUAAACAAGUGGGAAACCAGCUGGGGACAGUUUGUAUUACUCGAGAAAAAAGCAUCUGACCCAAACAGAUUUUCUAAUAGAGGGGGAAGCUUGCUUAAAGAGGAGAAGGAGCGAGUAAAACUCCAAAAAUUGCUGUCAAAGUUGGAGGAGGAGCUAAAGUCUCGCAUAGAAGCAUGGGAGACUGAACAAGGAUGUGCCUUUUUGCUUAAAGGAUGCAAGUUUAUGGAUUAUGUUACAAGUCAGUGGGAGAUGCACAAAAAACAAAAGGAACGUGAAAAGCAAGACCGGAGCCUCAAGAAAGAAGAGCAUACUCCUUUUAAGACCCCAGUCAAGCGCCCAGCAGGAUCCUGUAUACAGGGAACUCCCAGCAAUAAAACUCGAAAACUUAAUGGAACAUCAAAUUCUGUCAUGUCUCGAACCACUGUAAGUAAUUCCAGCACAUCAACUUCAAGUCAGUCUUUAAAUGGAAAGAUGCCGCUUUCUACUAUUAAGACUCCAAUGAAAACUAGAGAUACCCCAGGGAGAACACCACUGCAAGACAGUAACAAACAGUCAAGUGGGCUUUCCAGCCAGCCUUCCAGCUAUUCAGAGUUCAAGGAGGAGAUGACAAAGAAGUCCAGCAACUCUGAUGCAAUUUUCAAUUCCACGGUAAAUGAGAACUUGUAAUAUUACAUGUUUUGUUUUUAAAAAGCUAUAGAACUGCACUAUUUUUGAUAUUCUGAAAUGCUUUUAGCCUCUUCUAUGGUUUUAUUACAAUUGUGAUUUAAAAAAAAAAAAAAACUGUAUUGCAAAACCAAAGAAUUGUAACUGUAAAUAUUGUUUCUUGCUCGUGUCUUUUUAAAUGUGGUCUUGUCCUUGUAAAUAAUCAACAUUUAUAUAAGCAAAACAGUUCAGUAAUUGUUUACGUUGCUCUCUGUUUUCAUUAAUCUUUCGGUUUCUGGCAGAUAUUUUUAAUUUCCAAUAAGGAGAAAUGACCUCUGAUUCGGCCUAAUUAAGAGAUCUGCCUCUAAAUGCUUCGACUACAGCAAUAUAUUUUUCUAUAGUCUUGCAUUGGUGUUAUUUCUUGCUCUUAUUGGAGAAGGGGAAUCUCCCUUUUUUAUUAAUCUUACUGGAGAGGCUCUGUAGUGCCUGUAAUACAUUUCAUUUGUAGAGACUGUUAAAGUGAAAAUUGACUGUACAAUUGUAUUAAAGCCUGUUGUUGCAUUUCAUGCAUGACUAUAUUGAAUUACUUAGCUUUUUUUCUGCAGCUAUCCCAUUUGGCAUUUAAAUUACUGCAAUUAUGGAUUAUCUUCCAUUCAGUCUAUUUUCAGAGCUUGAAGGUUGCCUUGUUGUAUCCUAAUACUACUUCACAACAUAUCAAAGUGGGACUGCAAAAUUGCUUUUCAGCCAACAUUUGCUUUUCCUAUUUUUAAUGAAUAUAAAACUACUAUCUAGUUAUCACCUGACCUUGCCAUAUCUAUGGUGAAUACAACUGCUGACAGGCAAAGCUAUAGAGCAGUUCAUGUGGGCUUGAAAUCACCAAUUAUAUGCAGAGUAACCCUAUUAAACCCAAUUAAACUGUGUCUUUGCAUGUAGCUAGUGGUACAUUACUUCUAGUGGAACACCUUCCUGCUUAAAAUCUGUGUAAUUGUGCACACGAUUUUCAGUCUAUAUAUGCUUGUAAUGCAUUUUCCUUUGACAGUAAAUUCAUAAGCAUUUAUAUCUCUUGUACAUUUCUGUUACUUUUUGUGUGUAUUGUUUAGAAUAAAGAAACCUAUUGUA